GUUAUAAAGACAAGGAGAUAGAAAUAUGCGGCCCCACAACUUAUCAGAAAGGGCCACGUGGAUGAGUAAUUUACCCCAAUCCGCCAUACAUUACUAGCUUGCCCACCUUUCUCGGCGGCGCUUUCUGUUCUCCUCCGCAACCCACCGCCCUGAAACGCUCACGCGCCGCCGCCGGAAUAUCCUCCUCUUUAGAGAUGUCGUCUACUACUACUACUAUUCUCCCUCUUACACCUAUUACUCCACCGCACCUCCGUUCCCAUGCGCCCUACCUCACUCAAUUCCUCCCCCGCACCUCAUCCAUGACCCGCCUCAAACCUCUCUUCCUCCGCCGCAAUCACCUCCGUCGUCUCGCCGUCUCCGCCGCCGCCGUUCGUCAGGACACCACCGUCUGGACGCCGGCUCCUCUCUCGACCGUCUCCCCCGCCGCCGAGUCUCUCUUCCACGUCACCAUUGACGUCUCCGACUUUCCCGACCUCGCGGUCUCCCACACCAAGGCCGGACAGUACCUCCAGCUCCGCGUCCCCGACGCCGAGAAGCCUUCGUUCCUCGCUAUUGCCUCCCCGCCUUCCCUUGCCGCCGCCAAAGGCGUGUUUGAGUUUCUAGUGAAGAGCGUCCCCGGCUCGACUGCGGAGCUUCUGUGUAAACUCCAGAAAGGAGAUGUGGUGGAGCUGAGUCCUGUUAUGGGGAAAGGUUUCGACAUUGAUCGGAUCUCGCCGCCGGAGACGUAUCAGACUGUCCUGAUAUUCGCCACUGGAUCUGGAAUUAGUCCAAUCCGGUCUCUGAUUGAGGGAGGAUUUGGUGCUGACCAGAGAUCUGAUGUGCGAUUAUAUUAUGGUGCACGCAACCUAGAUCGAAUGGCUUAUCAGGAUAGGUUUAAAAAUUGGGAAUCUUCUGGAGUUGAAAUUGUACCAGUAUUAUCUCAACCAGAUGAUUCUUGGACUGGCGAGAGUGGCUAUGUGCAGGCUGCAUUUGCCAAAGCCAAGAAGCUUUUUACACCACAGUCAACUGGUGCCGUGCUUUGUGGACAAAAACAAAUGGCUGAGGAGAUUACCUCUGUUCUUUUAGAAGAUGGAGUUUCAGCCGAGAAGAUCUUAAAGAACUUCUGACCCAAAAUUUGUAACCAGUUUGUUGUAUUAUUCUCUAGUUUUCAAUAAAACAUUCAACUUGGCCCGACCAGACUGCAAAUUUAACGUGCAAAGUCUGCUGGCUGCCUCUUAAGUCUUAAACCAACCAGAAGAUGCGUGAGCGAGGUCAGGACAAGAGAUGCAACAAAUUGUAGGUAGUUCUCAUAUUCUCAGCAUCUUCAUGCUUGGCUUCAUUUUGUUGUUUUUGCCAAUUAUCAUAGGAACUGACUACUGUGGGCAGGGUAGUGCAACUCUAAGCCCCAAGAAAAAUAAUUAUAUUCUUUGUAUUCUAUUAUUGAAACAACACAUUAGAAUUUGUUAGCCUGCUAUUUUGUUAACAUUUGAACCUAUGGUACUAAAAUAAGGUUGAGAUUUUUAUUGCAGUA